UCAGUCGUAGUAGGCGCGCGAAGCGUUUGCCACUGUAGGUAAUGUUGUGUAAACAAUAGUACCUAGUGUUGUGUAGUGUUUGUGUUCCAGUUUUCCAAAUUUCCGACUUUCGGGUUCCGAGAUUCCGAUUUUCGACUUUCGAGUUUCGAGUUUCGACGUUUCGAGGUACUCAAGUUUCGGGUUUAAAGUUCAGCGAAUAGGGAGCACUGAUCAAAAUUAAAAAAAGAAACACGGAAGAUUAUGCGAAAUUCUUAAAAAUGGCACCGCAAGAAAGAAACGCAUAUGUCUCCGAAGAUGAGACGCAAAACACAUCGAAUAAUUUAUCUAACAUAGAUCUAAGUGGGGGUUUUGUCAAUAAGGCUUAUGAGAAUGACAGUACAGAUGUUGCCACACCGAAAAAUUUACCAACAAAUGAGGGAGAGAAGAAAAAGAAUACAGAUUUUGAUGACUUACUGCCAUACGUUGGAGAGUUUGGACUUUACCAGAAGAUAUUGUUUCUGCUCAUGAUACCGUUUGCGUUUUUCGUCGCCUUUGUGUAUUUCUCGCAAAUUUUCAUGACUAUUGUGCCUGAAGAACAUUGGUGUUGGGUGCCUGAGCUCGCCAAUUUGACUGUUGAAGAGAGACGGGCUCUAGCCAUCCCCCCUUCCGAUGGCCCUUUCUCCCACGACCGUUGCAAGAUGUUCUCAGCAGACUUCAGCCAGGCGUUGGCUGAAGGCAGAACGACUCCUGAUGAUGAGUGGCCCAUCGUGCCUUGUAAAUAUGGAUGGGAGUACAACAAGUCUGAUGUGCCUUAUGAUACCAUUGCUUCUGAGCUGGACUGGGUGUGCGACAAGGACAACUUAGCCGCGACAGCUCAAGCUAUCUUCUUCUGCGGCGCUAUAGUAGGUGGUCUGGUUUUCGGCUGGAUAGCUGACAAGUACGGGCGAAUUCCUGCUUUAGUUGGCACCAACCUCCUUGGCUUCACAGCAGGAAUAGGAACCUCUUUCUGCAACAGUUUCCUCACGUUCGCGCUCUGUCGGUUCUUCGUGGGACUCGCUUUUGACAACUGUUUCACUAUGAUGUAUAUCCUUGUGUUGGAAUACGUUGGACCCAAAUGGCGAACAUUUGUCGCCAACAUGUCCAUUGCCCUGUUCUUCACGUUGGCUGCAUCACUGCUGCCCUGGAUAGCGCUCUGGGCUGAUGAUUGGAGGAUGUUUGCCAUGGGCACCAGCUUGCCUUUCGCUUUGGCUAUACUGACACCGUGGUUGGUUCCUGAGAGCGCUAGAUGGUUAGUCUCGCAAGGUAAAAUAGACAAAGCCCUGACAAUCAUGAAGAAGUUUGAAAGAAUCAACAAGACUAAAAUCCCUGAAAAAGUACUCAGCGAUUUUACAGAAUCUUCCCUAAAGACCAUUAAAGAAUCAGAAGCGGAAUGCAGAACCUACUCCGUGUUGGAUCUCUUCAAGACUCCUCGUUUGAGGCGCAAUGCCAUACUCCUGAUUGUAAUCUGGAUGGCUAUAUCUCUGGUGUUUGAUGGUCACGUUAGGAACGUUGGAUCCUUGGGGCUGGACAUCUUCCUGACAUUCACUAUCGCGUCAGCUACCGAGCUGCCUGCUGAUACCUUCUUGACAGCUGUUUUGGAUAGGUGGGGCAGAAGAUGGUUGGCGUGCGGUUCCAUGGUGAUCAGCGGUAUCUUCAGUCUACUGGCUACAGCUGUGCCUGUUGGUGGACCAUCAGCCUCCCUAGCUAUCCUCGGCCGUUUCGCUGUGAACAUCUCUUAUAAUAUCGGUCUCCAGUACGCUGCAGAACUGCUGCCCACUGUGGUGCGAGCCCAGGGUGUCGCGCUCAUACACAUCAUGGGUUAUGUUGCUUCUAUCGUGGCACCAUUCGUCGUGUACUUGGCCAACAUCUCCCAAGACCUUCCUCUCUUGAUUCUUGGCGUGCUGGGAAUAGCUGGUGGUCUACUCUGUCUCUUCCUGCCAGAGACCAUGGACACUGAGAUGCCUCAGACCCUGCUUGAUGGAGAGAACUUUGGCAAGGAUCAGAGGUUCUGGGACAAUCCUUGUUUCCCCAGGAAAAAGCCCGAACAACCAGAAAGCGAGGAUCAUCCAGGCAGAUACACCAAACGGGCUUCAGUCUCCACCACAGAACCCCAAGAGUUCGUCAGGGCAGUUCCCAGUGCCAUCGGCUCCAGAGCCUCCAUCAGGGCUUCCAUCAGAGCAAGCACCAGGGCAUCAGCUCGAAGAAGAGACGUCAACACAGACAGAAACGUUGUCUGAAGAAGAAUUAAUUCCUCUUAGCUGUUCGCCAAAAAGUUCUGUACAAAAUUUUGUUUUAGAGUUUUCUAUUUGAAACUCGUUGUGCCAAGACUGGUUUGAAAAGGAGAGUGGUGGGGUGUUACCACCCAUUUUUGGAGGUAUUGUAUUGUUCUGUAAAAGUGAUCUCAAUUCUUUGGGUUUGGUUUUGUUUGUCCUACAAUAUUUUUGUGCUUUUUUUUGGGAAAAUCCGACCCUAUUUGAUGCAAGGAUAUAAUAAUAAUAUUUAUACAACAGAAGUGAUUUAUUUUUAAAAAAUGGUUUAAAAUGGUAUUCUGCUAGAAGUUUAACACGUCGUGUACCAAAACGCGGAUCCACGAGAACCAAUGUAUUUUCUACUGUGUCUUGUAUACAUUGGUUUAAAUAUCAGCAAAUACCUAUUCUAUUUUGACGGUUAUCUAUUUCGGUUUACUCACGUAACUGUUUGACGAGGAACUCGACUAGUUUCAAGCCAUGCUAGAGGCUCAUAUUCAUGAGCAGCAUUCCGCGACACAUGACGCGGCGACAGUCGCGCUGCUAUAGAAGUUUUGAUGGUCAUUGUAAAAUUGUGUGUUAUAUUUUUUAUAAUAACUAUCAUGAGACAUACUAAAUUAAUUAAAAAUCAGUCUACUAGGCUAAGUCGGCUGCGCGACGUCGUCGUGUCUUCGCACGCUGCUCAUGAUGAAGAGUCCCUGUAUGACUCGAAACUAGUAGAGCUUUUCUCCAUUAAUUUACGUGAGUAAACCGUGAUUUUUUAUCAAAAGUACCUAUUUAUGGUUUAAUUGGAAUAAAUUAUUUGACUUUGACUUUGGACUUCUUCUGAAGUAUGAGAAAAUAAGCAGCAACGUCACGCCUUUUAUCCCCGAAGGGGUAGGCAGAGAUGCAUAUUGCGGUUUGUUUGUUGAGAAAAUAAAUUUCUUAUUUUAUACAUAAAAUAUUGUAGGACAGCUGUAGAGAAUGUGUUGAAAUGGUAAAGAAAUUUGAAAUGACCUAGAAUCGGCCGGAAUCAAGUGCUAUUUGGGCAUUUAUUAGGCAAUUUACACAAAAAUGAUGUUUUUUAAAUAACGGAUCUGAUUUUUUUUCUCUUUAUUGCUCAGCGCGUACUAAAUAAUAAUACCUAAUUAUUAUUUUAAAUUGUAAUUUAUUUUUAUUUUUAAAAACAAGCAAAAAGUACAAAGAAUUUAUUUAUUUUAUAUAAUAAUGAUGAAAUUUCUUUUUUUGCAAAUUCAUUAAUAAUUAAUGUAUGUUAUAUUUUUCAUUAUUGUUCUUUUUUUAUUAGUAUUAUUUAAAUGAGAUCGAUUUUUUUGUAUUGUCAUGUCAGACGAAAUUAUUAUUAAAUUUAAAGGUAAAUUAUUCAUUAUAUUGUAUUAUAGUAUGUAUCUUUUUUAUGAAAUAAUAAUAAUACCUAUCUUAUUAUUAUUAGAUAUUAUUAGUGUGGCGUAAUUUAUGAAUUUAUUCUUAUUUUGGACAUAAAUUCUUGCCUUAUUGUGAUAGUUACCAAUGUCGAAUCUAUGUUAGGUAUAAAAAGAUGUGUUUUGCAAAAAAUCUUAGUGUCUUAGAGUUUAAAAUUAGUUUGAACUAAUUUUUAUACAUCACACCUAGAUCCGGAGCAACAAUUUGUG